UUAAAAAUUCUCAUAAAUUUAUAGAAUUGCAAGAUAUACAAGACUUGAAAAUUGUCUAAUGAGUUUCUAAUGAUAACGUACGCGAACCCUUCGUUCCAAGUUAGUAUACUUUUAAACUGAAAGUUGUUCGUAAUUUUCUUGUUGCAAAGUAUCGCCGUGAAAUUGUCAUCGCUCGUUUUCCGCCACGUCAACAAAUUCGAGAAGGCGUUGAAUUUUGUUGUCUCCGUAGAAUAAAUGUCAUAACCUACCUCGUUGAUGAGAGAAGAAAUGUACGAGAAUGUUAAAUUGACGGUGUAGAAAAUUAAUUUACGAACAAUUACAGUCGCUGUCUCUCCACGAGUCAAGGAGAGUUAUUUGUUUAAUGUUACACGUCGUUCGCAUAUAUGUAGUUUUCCUAAAGAGAUACUACGUCAAGAAGAAGGACAAUACGGAGAAAAUUAUAUUCCGCACGUUAUUUCCUCAUUACAGAUGCAUUCUUGGAUUUUACGGACGACUAUUUAAUGUUUUGGUUUUCAAACGACAAGACAUCCUGAAAGAUUAUGGGAAAUUAAUACGAUUUACCGUAACAACGCUAUAAAGUUUAUUAUCAGGACAUGGAUACGGUGAAGGAAUAUCUAGGAUACAUCAAUCCUCAUUGGGUAGCGGUGGUAGUAACAGGAAUGUACACUCAUCUUCGACAAAUUUGCAUAAUUGGCUUAUGUUUCGACGAAGAGAGUACUCCGUUCGAUCCGUCUUACGCGUCGGUGCUUUUCAUAUUUUCCGUAUUGUGCCUCUUAGCGGAAUAUAGACUUUGGCCUAGAACCCUUAAAGAACCACCUAUUCAACUUCUUUACAUUUACGAAAUGUUGGUUGCAGCAUUGACUACAAACUUAACCACACGUGCUAUCUGGGUUCCAUUCAUGCACGUCAUCUAUUGUUUAACCCAAGAAUCCAGUAAAUGUUUGCUAUGGUUGAACACAGUAUUGGGAUUAAGUCGCUACUCGUUUUUAACUGAAUUUGCAUAUUAUAUGGCGAAAGAUUGUGCUGCAACGCAUAUGGCUUUCUGCAUGUCCGUAUUGUCGUUUGUUUGGAUGCUGGAUGCCACCGAAUCCUUGGACGCGAUUUUGGACACUUGGGCCAAGUAGUGAACCAGGAAAGAACUAAUGGACUAUUGGCUCUCUGUAAAUGUAAAAGGAAAAGGAUCAGUUUCGCAAAUCCAGAAGUGACAGAUUGGUUUGUAUAUAAAUUUAUGUGCAGCACAGAUUCCUUAAGUAAAUACAAGCAACCAGACACGUAACUUAUUGAAUUUCGUUGUUUUGUAUUCGCCUAUUGUAUAACUUUUUACAUUUAUCGAUG